AGUGACAACAUCAUCACUAUGAUUAUUUUUAUUUUUGAAUAAGAACUCCAGAUAUGACGAAAGGAUGCAAAGCGGAUGUGGCUUGCAGUUUGAGGAAAGAAAAACCGCACUGGGAUGGACAAAGCCUAUUUCGCAUGAUGAUCGUGACAUGACAAGUACUUAAAAGCGGCACGGCGUGGGCCGCACAACUUAAUUAUGAACAUUUUUACAGCCUACGAGUUUGGUAGACCUAUAAAUAAGAACUUGAAAAUUUGGUUUGGCACAGUCAACUUUUCAUCGUCUGGUCGACAAAAACCAAGACUUUUGAAACAUUUGUGAUAUCUUACUGACCAAACUACGUUAACAGAAUAACUGAAGAUGUUUUCCAUGUGUUUUGCCGCCGUUGCUGUUUUAUUCUUCCCUCUCGUUCCCGCCCAACAGAGCGUUGUACGUCUUCGAUCCCAAAAUUACCCCGAUUAUACUUGGGGACUCCAUCCUAACGGCGACGUAUACAUCAAGCAAGGCUUCAGUGGAAAUGUUUUCCAUAUUGUCCCCGGGUUAACCGGACAACCAGGUACCGUGUCCUUCAACUCCGUGGACUACCCGUGCUCCUAUCUCCGGCACUAUAGCUUCUUCGUGAACCUCGAAAGUUCAAAGAACCCAAGGAAUCCUCACAUCUUCGACAAGGACGCCACGUUCUACCCUCGACCUGACAAAUUCCUUCAAGGAUACACGGCCUACGAGUCGGUGAACUACCCUGGGCACUUCAUCCGCCAUGCUGGCUACAGACUGCAGAUACGUAGGGACGACGGCUCUCUCCUGUUUAAGAAAGAUGCCAGUUUCAAAGCUGAGUCAACUGAUUUACUGGAAAGAUGCCACACUUAAGCCCUUACUAUCCCAAAGACAGAGACACUUGAUAUACGUCCAAAUAAAAUGCCGCAUUCAGUGAAAUAUGGAGACAUUUGAGGGCAAUUUAUACUUUUUUAUGUUUGAAUAAUAUUAAAAUAAUAGUAACUGAAGACUUAACAUUCUGUGUUGAGCAGUGGAGCAGAAGACGUUUAAUGUUAAACGUUGGCGGACUGUUAUGGACAGAAACACCAAUUUACUAGCUAGUUCCCCACACACAAAGUAUUCUCCAUCCUGUCGGGUGUGAAAAAA